UCUUAAAAAGAAAGAAAAGAAAGAAAAGAAAAAAAAGAAGAAAAUUGUGUCGCGGAGCAGCAAGGUAGACGACGUUGGUUGACGAAAGUGAUAAAAGCGGUGUGAUUGUUGGGCGAUUAGAAGAGAACAGAUCCACUGAGGUGUUGGUGUCAUUGUUUGUUCCUUCUGGUGGUGGAGCUUGUUGGGAAUUGGAGAUGAGUCAGAGGGGUUUGAUAUAUAGCUUUGUUGCCAAAGGAACUGUUGUUUUAGCAGAGCACACGCAAUAUACGGGGAAUUUCAGCACCAUUGCUGUUCAGUGCCUGCAGAAGCUGCCUUCAAAUAGCAGCAAAUACACGUAUUCCUGUGAUGGUCACACCUUUAACUUCCUCCUAGACAAUGGAUUUGUUUUUCUUGUUGUUGCUGAUGAAUCAGUUGGGAGGAGUGUUCCUUUUGUGUUUCUUGAACGGGUGAAGGAUGACUUUAUGAAGCGCUACGGUGCUAGCAUUAAUAAUGACAGUGCCCAUCCACUUGCUGAUGAUGAUGACGACGAUGAUUUAUUUGCGGACCGAUUUAGCAUAGCAUAUCAUCUUGAUAGAGAAUUUGGACCAGCGCUCAAGGAGCAUAUGCAGUAUUGCAUGAAUCAUCCAGAAGAAAUGAGUAAACUAUCAAAAUUGAAGGCUCAAAUAACCGAGGUCAAGGGUAUUAUGAUGGACAAUAUUGAGAAGGUUUUGGAUCGUGGAGAGAAGAUUGAACUGCUGGUAGACAAAACAGAAAACUUGCAGUUUCAGGCUGACAGCUUUCAGAGGCAGGGCAGGCAGCUGAGAAGAAAGAUGUGGCUGCAGAAUCUCCAAAUGAAGUUGAUGUUGGGAGGAGGAAUCGUUACCUUAAUUAUAAUUCUGUGGGUUAUUGCUUGUGGGGGUUUCAAAUGCUGAUGGAGACAUGAGAAAUUUGGAAAGGGAUGCACAAAAUGAUAUACUACUGUACAUGAAAUUUGGCACUGGAAUUUAUGUUUACUGUCAUAGACUGUAAUUAUGCUUGGGGUGAGCUGCUAGUUAUUUUGAACCAAGCUCUUACUUUAGAUGUGGCAAAUCUGGAUGUUUGUGUAUAUCAUUACAAUGCUUUUACCACUAUAUAAACUAUUGACUCUUGCCCUGUCUUUAAGUUUAA